AUCCCAAGUAGGCUCUACACUGUCAGUGCAGAGCUCAAUGUGGGGGACUCAAAUCCACAAAGCAGUGAGAUCAUGACCUGAGCUCAAACCAAGAGUGGACACUUAACCGACUGAGAAUAAGAGAAGAGAAGGGGGACAUGAGUAAGAAAGAAGUGAAGAGUCUACUGCGACAACAGGGGAAGCCAUGCAGAGCAAGGACACUAAAAGGAACUAGUAGGCAGGGGUAGAUAAAAUUUUUGUAUGGCUUGUUUUCUAGAACCCUUUUCUGUUACUGCAAAAACUAAAUAAGGCAUGCUACAUAAAUAAUACAAUCAUCAUUCAUGAGGAUACACUUCCUGUCUGCUUGGUUUCAUAUCACAGAAAGGAGAAUAAACAGGGCUGGUGAGAUGAAAGUAAAUCCAAAGGAAAAAGGAGAAAGCAGACCUAAAGUGGUCAUGAGGAUUUCAAUCUUCAAGAGUUUGCAAAAGUUUGGUGAAAGUACUGAGUCCCCACUGUAUAUGGGCCUCAGAUGUUUAGGUCAAGUUUACAUUUCUUAAAAGGCGAAGAGUCCUCAGCUGAAAUCUGACUUACAGAAUACUAUCAUAAGGAGUAAUAAAUAGAGAAAAGAGACACGAUUAGCAAAGAAGAAUGAGCCAGCUGAUGGUGUAAAAUAAUGUAAAUGUAAACUAAAUAGAUUGGAAAAAAUUGCAACUAUAGAAGAUGCAAGUCAAAAUAUUAUGACAGUUUUUCUGUUUCUUUCUUUGUUUCUAUUUUAAUAUGACUUUGUAAAUGCCAUAUAUUAUCCUUUUGGAAUGCCUGAAUUUAUGACACUUGAGAAAAGAAACUCAGAGAGUUGCACUGAGUUAGUGAAAUUCUGAGUACAAAUUAUAUGAGCGAAUUUUUAGAGGCUGUUACUGUUGACCAGUAGAAUAUCGAAGGAGUUUAGGUGUCAGUAGCAACAUGUAUAUGGAUGAUCUCAAGAUAAUAGGUAUCUCAUACAGCCUUAUCCCCUUUAAUUCUCAUUUUUUUUUCUUAUUCCUUAUUUUAUUAUUAUUUCAUUGGUAGAAGUCAGCCAUGAGAAACCACACCACGGUAACAACCUUCAUUCUUCUUGGACUGACUGAUAGCCCACAAUUACAAGUGGUUAUUUUUCUUCUCCUUUUUUUCACCUACAUGUUGAGUGUCACUGGGAAUCUAACCAUAAUCACCCUCACCCUGUUGGAUUCUCAUCUAAAGAUACCCAUGUACUUCUUCCUCCGAAGCUUUUCAUUUUUAGAAAUGUUAUUCACAACUGUCUGCAUCCCCAAAUUUCUUGUCAGCAUGGCAACAGGUGACAAGACCAUUUCUUACAACAGUUGCGCAACACAGCUGUUUUUUACUACUGUCUUGGGUGCAAUCGAAUUUUUUCUUCUGGUUGCCAUGUCUUAUGACCGCUAUGUAGCCAUCUGCAAACCCUUGCAUUACACCACCAUCAUGAGUGACAGAGUCUGCAACUUGUUGGUCUUUGCUUCAUGGUUGGCCGGUUUUAUAGUAAUUGUCCCACCACUCCUUGUGGGUCUCCAGCUAGACUUCUGUGCAGCCAACACUGUAAAUCAUUUCUUCUGUGAUUUUACUCCUAUAUUACAGCUCUCUUGCACAGACACAGCUGUAAUAGAAUUAAUGGCAUUUCUCUCAGCCAUUUUGACACUCCUGGUUACACUGGUAUUAGUGAUUCUCUCCUAUGCAAACAUCAUCAGGACUAUUCUGAAGAUACCUUCUUCUCAACAGAGGAAGAAAGCCUUUUCUACAUGUUCUUCUCACAUGGUGGUUGUGUCCAUUUCUUAUGGCAGCUGCAUCUUCAUGUAUGUGAAGCCUUCUACAAAGGAGAGAGUGUCUUUAAAUAAAGGGAUAGCCUUGCUCAGUACUUCUGUUGCCCCCGUGUUGAAUCCCUUCAUUUAUACACUGAGAAACAAACAAGUGCAAGAUGCUUUUAGGCACAUGCUCAAAAAGAUUAAGAUUUUCUCAAGUAAGUGAACCAUUUUAGUGAUAUUACUGAGGUUAUGAGUAAAAUAAAGCAAGAAGGGUAGAGUGUUUCACAGAGCUCUUCAAAGUUUGUAUUCAAAUAAUACUGUUUUUCUUGACAUAAUUUUCAUAGUGGCCUGCCUAACUUCCAAAGCCUAAUUCUUUCCCUUAUCUGUCCCUUAUUUGGACCAAAAUUAUUUGCCUUUUUAUUUGGUGCUUUUAUCUAUUUCCUUUUAAAAUUCUCUCAGAGGAAGACAAAGUUAGACUUUAAUUUUUCCAUGUUCCUUUCUGCUCUUCUGGAAUUCAGAGAUUCAAUUUUACAUAUAUUCUAUAUAGAGUUAAUUCACUACCUAGAUUUCUAAAACUUAGCUGAAAAGCACAUAUUUCUAGAAACCCACAAAUUAUCACUGACUCAAAGGAAAAUAAAAAAUGGUAAUUGACCUAUAACUAUUAAAUAGAUUGAAUCACUAAUCAUAUGUCCUUAAAUAAUGUGGAUUUUGUUUGUUUGUUUGUUUCUGUAAAUAGAGGUCAUGGCAAUCAUUUCAAACAAUUUAUAAAUUGCUUUUGCUUAUUAUUAUUACUCUCUAUCAUAUAUUGUCGGUAAAUAACAAAACACAAACAAAAAUACUUGAAUUUCACAGUAUAUGUAUAUUUAUUUGUUUAUAAAUUAUACAAUUACAGUAUAGAAUAUUUAAACACCUUAAUACAAAAAUAGAAAUUAAGCAAGGAAAUUAGGCAAAAGAAUUAAUAUAUUUUAUAAUAUAACUAUUAUAUAAAUUAAUUUUAAUAUUAAUGGUACAACUAUUAGAUUCAAUUUGAUAAAACACAU